AUGCUCGUUGGUCUCUAUUUCGUUUUGGGGCUUUGGCUUAUUUCCGUUGUUUUGGCCUGGCCCACGCUACCCAUCCAUGGUGACAACCGCGAAUCCCAAUUCCUGCACAACCUAACCAAACAAAUGGCCUCCAGGAACAAAGUCGACUCCUUGGCGCUGUUUGGGGUUAAUCGUGAGAUGCAACGGAGAAAACACAUCCUGGUGGAGUCCCUUGAAGAAUGUCUAACGGAGGCCUUUCAAAAGCCAAUCGUUGUCUGGGGACUGAGGCGCAACAUCACGUUACGCCGCAUCCUUGGCGAAAGGACCCUCGUGUGUGUUAGCAUAAGCAAUGUCUCGCCCAAGGAAGAACCUAUUUUUGAUGUCCUGAUUCUAUUCAUUUACAAGCGAUUGGAAAGCCAGCCACCCACAAUGGAUGAACUAAAGAACAUGUUCUCCUGGUGCUGGCGCCAGAAGUUCAUCAAUGUGUUUGUCACCUAUCAGAAGAUAUCCUUUACUAAUACUUCAGCCGGGAGAAACGUGUCCUGGGAAAAUUACCUAUACACCUAUACGGCUUUUCCGGAGGUUACGGUCAGGAAUCUUACCCAGACGGGCUACCGACACACGGACAUUAUGAUGGACUUUCGCGGCUACGAGUUUCGAGUGCCUGUCUAUCAGGAUGCUCCCAGUGCUUUUUGGCUAUCAGAUGGCAGACUUUCCGGGACCUUUGGCCUCAUGUUCGCCGCCUAUGUUCAUCACAGAAGGGGGCGUUAUCGCCUGGAGCCCGCUGUUGACGUGGACAGGUACAACUACCAUGAAAACCUGAUGUUGGCUGCGGCCCGCGGUGAGAUUGAAAUAGGCGUACAUCCUUAUUCCUCCAUGCAGCCGGGAGCCGAGCGGACGGCGGGUUUUUUUCCACUCGCCCCGACAAACACCUGCGUCCUGGUGCCCUGGCAACAUGAACCGCCUCCGGGUCGAUUCAUCCGGUAUGCCGUCCGGAUAAAUGGAACUUUUCUGCUGGUUCUCCUCCUGGCCAUGACCCUGGCGUGGCAGCUGGCCCGUGGCGAGGGUUUGCGAGGCAUUCAGCUCUCCCUGGUAACCUUCUUCCUGCAACCGAUAUCGGACACAAACUUUCGCAGGCUGGCCGAGCCAUACAAGUUCAUCCAUGUGGCGGCACUCCUGGGAUCCUUUGUUUUGUGGACAAUGCGAACGGCGAACUUAUCCUCCGUUUUCACCUCGCAAUUCCCAGGGUAUCAGAUUGACAGCGUUAAGGACUUCCUGGCCACACCCCUGCGCCUGAUGCUCACGGAAUCGGAGGUGGAAAUGUAUUUCACCGCCGGUAACCUGCCUGUGGCUUUGAGGCAACGCCUCCAGGUGGUCAACAGGUCGACGCUGGUGGAGCACUUGGAUCAAUUGAAUACCAGCUACGCCUACUGCACCACCACGGAGCACUGGAGUGUGGUGCAGAUGCAGCAGGAGCGCCUGGAGAGUCCGCGCUUCCGGCUGGCAUCAAGAAUAUGCACCGGCACCCACAUCCUGCGCUAUCCCAUGCAAUGGAAUUCGCCCUUCCAGCGGAACUUUUUCAGAUUCAGUUCCCUUGCCAAGCAGUCCGGCUUCUGGUCCUACUGGAGCGGCAAAGGUCAGAGAGAUGCCAUUCGAAUGGGUCUGGUGGUCAAAAUGAUGGACGACCAUAUACCCAUUCAUGUCCUGAAUCUAAAGGACUUUGAGUUGCUGCUCAAAAUCUACAUUUUGUCCCUGACCGGUUGCCUUCUGUGCUUGCUGGGGGAGAUUGCUUGGUUACGUUACUGGAGGGCAAGAAUGGGAGCUGGGAGUUGA